AUGGAUCUCAGAAUGGGUCCUUGUUAUAUACUGAGGCUCAUUCUGAAUUUGAUUCCUAUCCACUACGCUACCAUAAUAACACUUAUUGCUGUGGUCUUUGCUAAUGCUUUAGAUCGUGGACUGGAAAUGUCUAAGCUUAUUGUGGCAUUUCAAGCGCCUUGGAAUGCCUCCCACCCACUUAGUGCCCAAAAGCUGGGCUCAGCUAUCCAGAUUGCCAUUGAUAAAGUCAAUUCAGACCCAUCUUACCUGGGUAACUACACCUUGGAUUUUGUUUAUGCUGAUUGCGGCUGUGAUGCCAAGAAGUCCGUCAAUGCUUUCAUCAAUCAGGUUCAGAAGGAGAACGUUUCGGCCCUGUUUGGACCUGUCUGCUCAGAAGCAGCUGAGGUUACUGGUUUGCUGGCUUCUCAUUGGAAUAUCCCCUGGUUUGGAUUUGUUGGCCAGAGUGCAAAGCUGGACAAUGCAGAUUUAUAUGACACCUAUGUCAAACUUGUCUCCCCUCUGCAAAGGAUAGGGGAAGUUCUGCAUAAAAGUCUGCAAUAUUUUGGCUGGAAAUAUGUUGGAUUAUUUGGAGGUUCAUCUGAUGCUUCCACUGGGGAGAAAAUUGAUGAACUCUGGAUGUCUGUCGAAAACCAACUCCAAGUCAAUAUCACUAUCACUGCUAAAGUCAGAUACAGCACAGAAGAUCCAAGUCUCCACCAGGAAAACCUCAAGUACAUAUCGUCUGUUGCCAGAAUUAUUGUUUUAAUCUGCAGCUCUUCGGAUGUCAGGUCUAUUAUGCUGGAGGCCAAACAUCUAGGGCUGGUGAAUGGGAAAUUUGUGUUCUUCGUUUUGCAGCACUUUCAGGACAAUUUUUUGAAAGAGGCACUGAGCAGCGAGAAGAACAGCAGUGUGCUUGAAGCCUACCAGCCAGUGUUUCUGAUUUCCCUCAACCCUUAUGGAGGAUACACUAUGUAUUCAGAUUUUCUGAAGCAGGUCCAUGAAAAACUGAAGGGACAGCCAUUUUACAGCUCACUUUCUUCAGAAGAAGAGGUCAGUUCUUACUCUGCCUACCUGCACGAUGCAGUCCUGCUCUAUGCCCUGUCCGCAAGGGAAAUGUUAAAAGAAGGGAAAGAUAUCAGCGAUGGACGGGCACUUGUCAACACUUUGAAAGGCUACAACAAAACUCGUUUGUAUGGGGUUACUGGCCUGGUGUAUAUCGAUGAAUCAGGUGAGAGGUGGAUGGAUUACUCUGUAUAUUGUCUGCAGAAAGCUGGGAAUUCAUCACAGUUCGUUCCUAUUCUUAAUUAUGAUGUCGAGAGAAAAACAAUCAGCCCAACCACAGAAAUUGCCUACAUCAGCUGGCUGGCUGACUUUCCUCCCAAAGACAGACCGUACUGUGGGUUUAAUAAUGAACAGUGUGAAACUUCAGUUAUAAGUACGCCAGUGACCGUUCUGAUUGUCGUCCUGUUGGUAACCGCCUCAGGAGCUGCCAGCAUAAUGGUGUUUUUAAAGAUCCAGGAAAGGAAGCUGCAAAAGCAAAUGGAUGACAUCUGGUGGAAAAUAAACUACAAUGAUAUUAUUAUGCUUAAAGAUCAUAAGGAUCAUUUUGAGCUAUCACAAACAAGCACACCAGUGUCUAAAGGACAAGAAAGUGUUGGGUCCAGUUUGAUAUUUUCAAGCAAUUGGCGGUCUGGGUUGAAGGACAAGCAGGGGAAAGAUGUAUUUUAUACUGCAAUAGGUCUUUACCAGGGAACUCUUGUUGCAAUCAGGUACAUAGAUAACCAAACAGAUGCCUGGAGUCGGAAACAGUCAGUCCUUCAUGAAGUUCAGAUGAUGCGCGAGUUGAGGCAUGAGAAUCUGGUGGCCUUCUUUGGUAUGUGCACUGAAAUUCCCAAUAUCUGUAUUAUUACAGAGUACUGCAAGAAAGGAAGCCUAAAGGACAUUUUGAGGAACUCUGAUAUUGAAUUGGAUUGGAUAUUCAAACUCUCUCUCGCCUACGAUAUAGUCAAUGGGAUGUUGUUUCUUCACAGAAGCCCAUUGAACUCCCAUGGAAAUCUGAAACCUACUAACUGUUUGGUGGAUAGUCGCAUGCAAGUGAAACUGUGUGGAUUUGGGCUAUGGGAGUUUAAGUAUGGAAAGAAAUACCGAGUAAUUACUGAGAAAAACACCAACUAUGCAGAUCUCUAUUGGACAGCCCCAGAACUGCUCAGGAUGGGGGAAUUUCCGUUCCAUGGGACCCAAAAGGGGGAUGUCUACAGCUUUGCUAUAAUUAUGAGGGAGCUGAUUUAUAACAAUGAGGAUGGCCCGUUCCAAGACCUGAACAAGGAAGCAGAAGAGAUAAUAAACCGACUCAGGGACCCAACUGUACUCGUCCCACUGCGGCCAUCCCUGUCAACAGAGAAAUGCAGUGAAAGGAUCAUUGCAAUGCUUAGAACGUGUUGGGAUGAAGAUCCAGGGAGAAGGCCAACGUUCUCCUCUGUGAAGAGAGGGUUAAGAGAUGCAAGCCCCGAAGGCCACAUCAGCAUCUUGGAUAACAUGGUAAACAAACUGGAAAAGUAUGCCAAUCACUUGGAGGAUGUGGUGGAAGAAAGGACAGCCCAGUUGGUGGCAGAGAAGAAAAAGACAGAUAAACUUUUGUCAGCAAUGUUGCCCAGCUUCAUCCGAGAGCAGCUCAUCGCUGGGAAAUCCGUGGAGCCUGAGAGUUUUGAUUCUGUGACCAUCUUCUUCUCAGAUAUUGUUGGGUUCACCAAUUUGUGUUCUCUCAGCAAUCCCCUGCAAGUGGUUAAUCUCCUGAAUGACCUGUACAGCCUGUUCGAUAACAUCAUUAAAACAUAUGACGUAUACAAGGUUGAAACCAUCGGAGAUGCCUACAUGGUUGCCAGUGGCCUUCCCAUCCGCAAUGGAAUGAAGCACGUUGAGGAAAUUGCUACAAUGUCUUUGCACUUCCUCAGUGCAAUGAUCCCUUUCAAGAUAGAGCACAUGCCCGAAGAGAAGCUGAAGCUGCGGAUUGGCAUUAACACAGGACCUGUUGUUGCAGGAGUGGUGGGAAUCACAAUGCCACGGUACUGCCUGUUUGGAGACACUGUCAAUACAGCCUCAAGGAUGGAAAGUACCAGUUUGCCUCUCCGAAUCCAUGUCUCCACAACCACUGCUAAUGCCUUGCAAUCCAUCGGCGGGUAUGACUUGCAAGAAAGAGGGACCAUAACAGUAAAGGGAAAAGGAGAGCAAAGAACGUUUUGGUUAAAAGGAAAAGCUGACCUUCACUUGGCUCUCCCAGAGUUCAGUGACAAAUGGUGA